CGAAACACGAAAACCAAUUAAGCGAGCAAAAAGUCGAAGCAAAGCGAAAAACCAAAGAAACUGCGCCAAAGUCACGGCCAGCAAACAAAGCAAACACACACUCGGCACACACACAAGACACACACACACAACCAACAAAAGAAAAGUGAAGUGAAGCAACGCAGAUUUUCCCAGAAAAUUCUGCGUGCGCAAAAAAAUAACUAAAGAAAAGAACUUACCAGGCAGCAGCAAAAAGUGCAAUUCCCCAUUUGUUUAUUUUUUUCAAGUGCAAACAACUAGUUCUUUUUUUCUCUGUGUGACUUAAAAACCACAAACAACAAAGAACAACAACAGCGACUAAGACAACACCAACUGUGAUGGGAGAUCAGCCAAAGGCAACGACAACCACAACUGGAGCAGGAGCAGGGGCAGGGGCAGGAGCAGGAGCAGGGGUAGCCGGAGGAGCAGCAGGAUCAGGCGAAGCCAUUAUGGCCGCCACCACCAACCAGGAAAUCCUCCCCAAUGGGGCUGGAAAUCCACCGCCUCCCUCCCAGCAGGAGGACCAAGAGCAGCCCGGCGGACAGGCCGAGCAGGCGGAGCUCGAUGAUGCCGCCACCGAUGCGGGGGCCAGCUCGCUGCCACCCUCGGAGAUUGGCGGACGGGCGCCCCUGGAUACGGCCUGCUCGGAUGCCGAUGGCGGUGGCGCUGCCUCCAGCCUGGCCGGCGGAAUUGUGGGUCCACCCAGCCCCCUAACCGGCUGCUACCUGCUCAUCGUCCUGGGCGAGCCGCAUUCGGAGGAGCACAAGGACAACAUCUUGCAGCAUCUGCUCAAGGGUUUCCUCUCCUGGGACGUUUCCGAUUGUCACGUCGAUUUGGAAGAGGAGCUCAAUACAAUUACACAGCAUGCGCCCGAGGGCGAGGAGGCUCGUCACGGCGAACGACUCAUACAGUAUGCCAGCGAGAACCUGGUGACGGAGGUGCUCAUCCAUCCCCAGUACAAUACGCUGAUCCAGUGCAUGCGCAACCUGCUUAGCAGCUUCACCCGGCACCGGCACAUCAUCCAUGCCGGCUAUACGUUCAGUGGCAAUGGUUCCUGGAUACUUCAGGACGGAACCUUCUCGGUGGCGGACUUCUCGGAGGCCUUCCAGGAGCACGACGUACAAAGGGUGAUUCGUGCCUAUGCCGAUACCAUCACCAUGAAUAUCCACUGCGCGGAUGCGGGUCUUUGGCACACGCUGCCGGACAAGUCCUUUGCCCGUCAGUGCCGCAUCAGGAUCAAUCCCGUGGAUGUGCUGGAAACCAGUAGCGAGUACAUCAAUGGUUUUAUAGACUACCUGGCGCCCAUGGUGAUGCCGACUUCGCUGCGGGAGCUGCUCGAGACCUCGGAUGUGGUGGGCAACAUUAGGUUCACGCAUCCCACGCUUUACGUCUUCCCCGGCGGCCAGGGCGAUGCAGCGCUCUUCGGGAUCAAUGGCUUCAACAUGCUAGUUGAUGGCGGCUUUAAUCGAAAGGCCUGCUUCUGGGACUUUGCCCGUCACUUGGACCGCCUGGACGCUGUGCUGAUGACACGGCUGAACAACAGCAAUGUCCAGGGACUGGGCGCCGUUGUGGCCCGCAAGAGGGACGCCCAUGUCUAUCCCCAGAUUGGACACUUCUUUGGCAACGUACCUGAUCGUCGGGGCUGCCUGCCCGGCAGUCCCGAUGGCGACAAGGAUCGCGACCCGCUGCUCAUCGAUCUCUUUGAGCGCGGCCAUGGCAUCGUCAAUGACCUGAAGGCGUUGGACCUGAAGCCGCAGGUCUGCUACCGCAACCAGGAGCCGGUCAAUCUCUACCACAAGGUGGGCCACGGCACCCUGGACAUGUAUGUGAUAAGUCCGGCCCGGGACUCCAAGGAGGUGAAGGAGUUCCUUCAGAAGUGGCAUGCCGGCGAUCAGCGGCUCUUUGCUGGCCGCGAUUCGCGGGACUUCAACUUUCCUCUGCAGAAUCUCGUCUCGAUUUGCGCUCUCCUCGUGUGGCAGCCCGCCAAUCCGGAGGACACUAUCACACGCAUCCUCUUUCCGGGCAGCACGCCCGACUUCAAGAUCCAGGAGGGGCUCGAGAAGCUCAAGCAUCUGGAGUUCAUGAAGCACUCCACCUGCACGGCCAAGUCCAUAGCCCCGGCCAUGGCCAUCCAGACGGUGGCCAGUACGCGCAAGAGCCUCAAGUCGGCCAUCGAGGCCACGCCCGCUCCGCCCAGUGCUACGUACAAGAGCGCCAAGUUCGGAGCACCUCCUGCCCAGCAGCAGGACAACAAGGCCAAGGAGGCGGCGGCAGCGGCAGCAGCGGCGGCGGCUGCAGCAGCGGCAGCUCAAGCUGCCUCCAUAGUUCGCACCAAGGCGGAUUCCAUAGACACGGAUGCAGAGCCAGAACAGGAGCAGGAGCCAGAGCCGGAGCCCGAACCCGAGCAGGCCGAGGAUGAGGCUGCUCCCGAGACAGAGCCCGAGCAGGACAACAAGGAUGCCGGCGAGGUGGAGAAGAAGGUGGAGAAGGAGGUGCUGCCCCAGGCACCGGUGUCUGCUCCAGCUGCCGCCAAGGAUGCUGUGGAUGCCGUGGCAGUGGCCCCACCUGUUGCCACCGAUGCCACACCCACCAGCAAGCCGGUCGCCAAGACUGCAUCCAAGGCUGCCAAGGCAGACAAGCCAAGAGCCGAGGUGAAGCCAGUGGUGCGCUCCCGUAUCGAUACCAAACCGCCCAAGUCCAUGGACCGCAAGCUGGCCAAGCCGCGGGAUGAGAAGAAGAGUUCACCGACGGCCACGCCUGCUGCCCGGGCCUCCGCCGCCAAGGCAGCCAAGGCUCCACUGAGCAGCCGUCCGAUGGCCACCACCAAGUCCAGUCCCAGCAGCACGCCAGCCAAGAGUGCCAAGGAGGCCAACAAUCGCAAGGUGCUCGAGUCCAAGCAGCAGGCGGCCCGGGUGCAGGCCACCAGCACGGCACAGCAGGCCAGGCGAGUGACCUCGGCAACUGCCAGUGCCGAGAGAAGGGUCCAAACGGAGACGAAGUCAGCAGCCUCGACAACGACGACGACUGGAGCAGUGCAGCAGCGGAAGCCCAUUUCGAGGAGACCGCGCGGCGUCUCGCCCUCGAAGCGAGCUCCUGCCCCCGGCAGCCCCGUGAAGCAGGCCAAGCCCAACCUAAAGAAGACGCAACGUUUGGAGAAGGGCGGAACCACCACCGACUCCAGUCUGGUGUCCACUCCCUCCGCCGACGAGGCGACGGCUGCCAAGAAACUCCUCCAGGAUCUGACAGCCUCCCAGGAGCUCGAUGCGGAGAAGCAGCGCGAGCUGGACGACCUCAAGGAGGAGCAGGAGGUGGUGCGCGAGAUCGAGGCGGUGUUCAGUCGCGACGAGAUGAAGCGCCACCAGCACCAGCAGCAGCAGCAGAUCAAGGCCGAGCUGCGUGAGAUGCCCGCCGGUGGCGGCGGCGAUGGCGAGGAGCCCGAGGAGGAGGAGGAGGAGUACCUGAUCAUCGAGAAGGAGGAGGUGGAGCAAUACACCGAAGACUCGAUCGUGGAGCAGGAGAGCAGCAUGACCAAGGAGGAGGAGGAGAUCCAGAAGCAUCAACGCGACUCGCAGGAAUCGGAGAAGAAGCGCAAGAAGAGCGCCGAGGAGGAGAUCGAAGCGGCCAUUGCCAAGGUGGAGGCUGCCGAGCGAAAGGCGCGUCUGGAGGGCAGCACUGCGUCCGCUAGGCAGGAGGAGGCCGAGACCCAGGAACACCUAGAGACAAGCGAUAUCAAGGCCGAGGUUCAGGAGAUAAUAGCCACGGCCAAGGACUUGGUCAAGGAGCAACUGGUUGCCAAGCCAACUGAGGAGACGGAGCUCUCCUCCCCCACGCCCGAAGAGAAGCUGAGCAAGAAGACAUCCGACACCAAGGACGAGCCCGUGGAGGAGCCAGCCGUCGACGCCCUGCCCGUCAAUCUGCAGGAGAGCCUGCCCGAGGAGAAGUUCUCGGCCACCAUCGAGUCAGGAGCCACCACAGCGCCCACCCUGCCCGAGGAUGAGCGCAUUCCCCUCGAUCAGAUCAAGGAGGACCUGGUCAUCGAGGAGAAGUACGUCAAGGAGGAGACCAAGGAGACGGAGGCCAUUGUGGUGGUGGCCAGCGUUCAGGCUGUCACCGAGGCAGCUCCCGACGCUGCCAUCAAGGCGGAUAUCCUUACCGCAGCCACGGUCGCAGCCAAGGAUGUAGGAGCAGCUGCUCCGCAGAUCGGCAAGGCUGAGCCCGAUUCCGGGGAGCGCGUCCUGCCCAUGAAGAUGACCUUCGAGGCGCAGCAGAAUCUACUGCGAGAUGUGAUCAAGACGCCCGACGAGGUCGCCGAUCUGCCCGUGCACGAGGAAGCCGACCUUGGCCUGUACGAAAAAGAUAGCCAGGAUGCCGGCGCCAAGAGCAUUUCGCACAAGGAGGAGUCUGCCAAGGAGGAGAAGGAGACCGACGACGAAAAGGAAACCAAGGAGACGGAGGCAGAGGCAGAGGCAGAGGCUGAAGUAGAGGCUGUUGCAGAAGCAGAGCCAGAGGAAAAGCAGGAGAAGGCUGACGAGGAGGCGCCCAAAGUAGUCGAAAUCCUCGUUUCCCCUUCACCCAAAGAAGUGGCCGCAGAGGAGGUCUUUGAAGUCAAGGCAGCCGAGAAGGUGACUCCCAAAACUGAGCCACAAGAGGAGGAAACGAAGCCUGAAGCAGGAGAUGACAAGGACAAGGAGCCCCAGGCCGCAGAGGACGAGGCAGAGCCAUCGGCAGCUGUCAUCAUCACCGAAAAGGAGGCCAAGAAGUCAGCCAGCACGCCCGAGGAGAAGGAGACCAGCGACAUUACCUCCGAGGAUGAGCUGCCCGCCCAGCUGGCGGCCCCUCUGUCUGCCGUUCCCCCCAAGGAGGCCAAGGAACGCGAGGAUACCGUCUCCAUGGAGAGUCCAGCCACCAUCGAGGAGGCCAUAGAAGUGGAGGUGCAGGUCCAAACCAAGCAGACCCAACUGGAGGCCCAAAAGAAGCAGCCAGAGACGGAGGCCAAGGCAGAUGCAGAACCAGAAGCAGAGCCAGAGAAGGAAGCCGAGUCCCGACCCGAGUCGGCAAAGCCCGCAAGUCCCAAGGAUGAGGCCGUGUCCAAGGAAGCCUCACGUCGUGAAUCCUUGGCGGAAAGCGCCAAGCCAGUUGAGAAACGGGCUUCCCGGCCAGAAUCCGUUGCCGAGAGUGUCAAAGAUGAAGCUCAGGCUGAGACAGAGCAGAGCCGUCGAGAAUCGUUGGCGGAGAGCGCUAAGCCAGAGUCCAAGGAUGCCUCCCGGCCAGAAUCAGUUGCUGCCGACAAGUCCAAGGAACCAUCACGACGGGAAUCCAUUGCCGAAAGCAUCAAGGCCGAGAGCACCAAGGAUGACAAGUCCCCACUGGCCUCCAAGGAAGGCUCCCGACCAGCCUCCGCCGAAGGUCUCAUCGAUGAGGUGGAAGCCAAGGAUGAGAAGUCACCUGAAGCUGCCUCGAAAGAGGCUUCUCGGCCUCCAUCCGCAGUGGGUGCAGCCGACAAGUCCAAGGAGCCAUCUCGUCGUGAGUCGGUCGUCGAAAGCGUGAAGGACGAGAAGUCUCCACUGGCCUCUAAGGAUGUGUCCCGACCUGAGUCCGUGGCUGAAAGCAUCAAGGAUCAUGCCGAGAAGUUGGAUGCCGAGGAUGCUAAAAUAUCAGCACCUGCCUCCAAGGAAGCCUCGCGACCAGAGUCGGCUGUGGGCAGUGCCAAGGAUGAUGCAGACAAGUCCAAGGAGCCAUCGCGUCGAGAAUCCAUUGCCGAAAGCGUCAAGGCUGAGAGCAUCAAGGGGGAGACAUCCAAGGAAGUCUCUCGGCCGGAGUCCGUAGCGGACAAAUCCAAGGAGCCAUCCCCGCUGCCAUCAAGGGAAGUCUCGCGACCAGGAUCUGUCCUUGGAACCACCAAGGAUGCAGCGGAGAAGCCAGAAAGCCGGCGGGAGUCGGUAGCCGAGAGCAUCAAACCGGAGAGCAUCAAGGAUGAGAAGGAGUCUCCCCUGGCCUCCAAGGAGGCUUCCCGGCCAGCUUCAGUUGCGGAAAGUGCUAAAGCUGAAUCCCGCCGCGAGUCUGUGGCCGAAAGCGUCAAAGCGGAGAGUCUCAAGGAUGCCUCCAAGAAGGCCUCUCGUCCAGCCUCCGUUGCAGAAAGUGCUAAGGAUGCCUCCAAGGAGGCCUCUCGGCCAGAGUCAGUAGCAGAAAGUGUCAAGGACGAAAGCGGCAAGGCAUCCAAGGAGCCCUCAAGACCGGCCUCUGUUGCCGAGAGUACCAAGUCACCCGUUGCGGUGUCCCGGGAUGCAUCCAGGCCGGAAUCACCGGCGGAAAGCGACAAGGACGACACCGAUAAGCCAGAGUCAGUUGUGGAGAGUGUUCAGGCAGUCAAGGAGGCCAAGUCGCCGCUGGCAUCGAACGAGCCAUCCAGACCAGCCUCCGUGGCGGAAGCUGACAAGUCGAAGGAACCAUCUCGUCGGGAGUCAGUAGCGGAAAGCAUCAAGGCAGAGAGCAUCAAGGCGGACAGCACCAAAGAUGACAAGUCAGCACCUGCAUCGAAGGAAGCCUCCAGACCAGGUUCCGUCUUGGGAAGCGUCAAAGACGAAGCUGAGGCAGCAGAAAGCCGUCGGGAAUCGGUUGCUGAAAGCAUCAAAGCAGGCAGUGCCAAGGAUGAGAAAUCUGCUCAGGCUUCGAAGGAAGUAUCCCGACCAGAGUCCGUGGCUGAGUCCGUCAAGGAUGAGCCCGCUGCCGACAAGUCCAAGGAGCCGUCUCGCCGGGAAUCGGUUGCGGAGAGCGUCAAGCCAGAGGCUUCUCCAAUUGCAUCCAAGGAGGCAUCUCGUCCCGAAUCUGUGGCUGAAAGUGUUAAGGAUUCAGCUGCCCAGUCAAAGGAGGCGUCUCGUCCCGCAUCAGUGGCCGAAAGCAUCAAGGCAGAGAGCACAAAGGAUGAAGCUGAAAAGUCCAAGGAACCUUCCCGACGAGAAUCAGUGGCCGAAAGUGUAAAGGAGGAGAGUGAUAAGGAUGCCAAGUCCGCACUGGCCUCCAAAGAAGCAUCCCGACCAGAAUCCGUAGCAGAAAGCGUCCAGGCCGAGGCAGGCAAGUCCAAGGAAGCAUCUCGCCGAGAGUCGGUGGCUGAGAGCGCCAAGGCGGAGAGCACUAAGGAGGAGAAGUCUGCACCAGCAUCGAAGGAAGCCUCCAGGCCAGGAUCUGUGGUUGAGAGCGUCAAGGACGAGACCGAGAAGGCAGAAAGUCGUCGAGAGUCCGUGGCAGAGAGCGUGAAACCAGACAGCGCCAAGGACGAAAAGUCUCCACUGGCAUCCAAGGAAGCCUCACGACCAGAGUCCGUGGUCGAGAGCGUAAAGGACGAGGCCGAGAAAUCCAAGGAGCCUUCCCGGCGGGAAUCCAUCGCCGAAAGUGUGAAGGCGGAAAGUACAAAGGACGAGAAGUCACCCAUAGCAUCCAAGGAGGCUUCCCGCCCGGAAUCCGUAGCUGGAAGCGUAAAAGAUGAAGCAGAAAAGUCCAAGGAGCCAUCGCGACGAGAAUCCGUUGCUGAGAGUUUAAAGGCGGAAAGUGCAAAGGAUGAGAAGUCCCCAGUGGCCUCCAAGGAGGCUUCCCGCCCGGCAUCCGCUGUGGAAAGCAUCAAGGACGAAGGCCAGGAGGUAGAAAGUCGCCGUGAAUCGAUUGCCGAGAGCAUUAAGGCGGGCAGUGUCAAGGACGAGAAAUCCGCCCAAGCCUCCAAAGAAGUAUCCCGACCAGAAUCCGUGGCGGACGGAGCUAAGGAGGACGACAAGUCCAAGGAGCCUUCUCGACGCGAAUCCCUGUCUGAAAAGGCGGCAGCUAUUUCGAAGGAGUCCUCUCCCAGGCCUCUGUCCGUGGCCAGUGACCAUGCCGAGCCGGAGCAUAAGGCAUCCCGCCCGGAGUCAGUGGCCGAGACUGCGUCUUCACCGAUCGAGGAGGCUGCGAUGGAGUUCCCAGAGUCUGCGGAGGAGGUCGUGAAGAGGGCUAGCCUGGCGCUCAAUCUUCAGGCGGAGCCAGCAGGAAAGCUGCCCACGGACUCGAGUCCCGUCGACGUGGCCGAAGGUGACUUCUCCCAUGUGGCCGUAGCUCCCCUUUCCGCUGCGGCAGUGGCCUCACCCUCGAAGCCAGCUGAGCUGUCGAAGAUCGGUGCCGCCGCCACCGUCUCAUCGCCCGUCGACGAGGCACCCAAGACUCCAUCUGGCUCAGAGCACGAGUCCCGGCCAGAGUCACCAGAAGAAUGCCCAGAGCCAAAAAUUGGUGAUGCCAAGGAGGCAAAGUCACCACUCCCAGCUUCGAAGGAGGCCUCGAGGCCCGAGUCUGCGGCCGAAGGCAGUCACGAGAGUCCCAAGGAUGACAAGUCAAAGGAAGCCUCUCGUCCGGAUUCGGUGGCAGACUCAAAGGAACCUUCUCGUCCCGCCUCGGCGGCUGCUGAGACUGCCUCAUCCCCGAUCGAGGAAGCGGCCAAGGAGUUCCCACAGCUGAACCUAGAGCUUAAGGGCAACCUCCCAACUCUGUCCAGUCCCGUGGAUGUGGCCCAUGGUGACUUCCCCCAGACGGCAACACCCACAAGCUCUCCCACUUCGGCACCUGGGCAACCGGCCGAGCUGUCCAAGGUCGAUAUUGAGGCGACUGUAUCGAGUCCGGUGGAUGAGGCAGCCAAGUCACCAAUCGGAUCUCACGUAUCCCCCUCGGAGCGUCCCGCAUCUCCGGCCGAGAGUGCCAAGGAUGAGGCUGAGCAGGUUGGUUCCCUGAUCCACUCCAAGGAGCCCUCGCGCCGCGAAUCUAUCGCUGAAAGUACAAAGGCAGAAAGUGCCAAGGAUGACAAAUCUCCGCUCGCCUCGAAGCCAGCCUCCCGGCCAGAAUCAGUGGCUGGCAGUGUUAAGGCGGAGGAGGAGUCCAAGGAGCCAUCACGACGAGAAUCCCUUGCCGAAAGCGUAAAGCCAGAGAGCGCUAAGGACGACAAAUCAAAGGAACCUUCCCGACGCGAAUCCGUGGCGGAGAGCGUAAAGGACGAAGCAGAAAAGUCCAAGGAACCGUCACGACCCGUAUCCGUCGCCGAAAGCCUCAAGGCUGAGAGCACAAAGGAUGAGAAGUCACCGCUGGCCUCCAAAGAGGUCUCCCGACCAGCUUCGGUGGUGGAGAGUCUUAAGGAUGAGGCGGAGAAGGCAGACAAGUCGCCGUUGGCCUCCAAGGAGGCUUCCCGUCCAGCAUCAGUGGCUGAAAGUAUCAAGGAUGCAGCUGAAAAGCCUGAAAGUCGACCAGGCUCCGUGGCUGAGAGUGCCAAGGAUGGCAAGUCGUCCCCAGUGGCCUCCAGACCCGAAUCCGUGGCGGAGAGUGUCAAGGAUGAGAAGUCCAAGGAGCCAUCUCGACGCGAAUCUGUCGCAGAAAGCACCAAGGAUGACAAGUCUGCUGCAGCCUCAAAGGAAGCCUCCCGUCCGGGCUCAGUUGUGGAAAGCCUGAAGGCUGAAACUGAGAAGCCAGAGGCAGUGCCUCCUCAAGCCUCGAAGGCACCAUCCCGGCCAGAAUCGGUGGUAGAAUCGGUGGCACUUGUGUCUGAUCAGUCCAAGGAGGAAUCUCGACGCGAAUCUGUUGCCGAAAGCCUCAAGGCGGAGAGCACAAAGGAUGAGAAGUCACCGAUGGCCUCCAAGGAGGCCUCCCGACCAGCUUCGGUGGCGGAGAGUGUCAAGGAUGAGGCGGAGAAGGCAGACAAGUCCGCCUUGGCCUCCAAGGAGGCCUCGAGGCCCGAGUCAGUGGCGGAGAGCAUCAAGGACGACACCGAGAAACCCGAAAGCCGUCGUGAAUCGGUCGCCGCAGCUGAAAGUGUUAAGCCAGAGAGUACAAAGGAUGAAGGAUCUGCAGCUGCCUCCAAGGAAGCCUCCCGGCCGUCAUCUGUUGCGGAUGAAAAGUCCAGGGAGCCAUCCCGACCAGCGUCGGUGACAGAGAGCACCAAGGCGGAGAGUACAAAGGAUGACAAGUCGCCACCGGCGGCUUCCAAGGAACCUUCUCGACCAGCAUCCGUGAUCGAAAGUCACGUGGACGAAGACGAGAAGCUCGAAAGCCGGCGAGAAUCAGUGGCUGAGAGCCUGAAGCCAGAAAGCGCCAAGGAUGACAAGUCACCGCUGGCAUCCAAGGAAGCCUCUCGCCCAGCGUCUGUUGCUGAAAGCGUCAAGGAUGAGGCUGAACGAUCCAAGGAGCCAUCUCGACGCGAAUCUGUUGCUGAGAGUGUCAAGGCGGAAGAGAUCUCCAAAGAAGCCUCUUCGCUGCUGGCCUCCAAGGAGGCCUCUCGACCCGGAUCCGUUGCAGGAAGCGUUAAGGACGAAGACGAGAAGGCUGCUAGUCACCGAGGAUCUGUCGCUGAGAGUGUAAAGUCAGAAGGCGCAAAGGAUGACAAGUCUCCGCUGGCAUCGAAGGAUGCAUCCCGCCCAGCAUCCGUAGCCGAAAGUGUCAAAGAUGACGCUGACAAGUCCAAGGAGCCGUCGCGACGGGAAUCUGUCACUGAAAGCGUAAAGGCAGAGAGCACUAAGGACGAGAAGUCUCCACUGGCAUCCAAGGAGGCUUCCCGCCCGGCAUCCGUUGUGGAAAGCAUUAAGGACGAAGCUGAGGCAGCAGAAAGCCGUCGGGAAUCGGUCGCUGAAAGCAUCAAAACAGGCAGUACCAAGGACGAGAAAUCUGCUCAGGCUUCGAAGGAAGUAUCCCGACCAGAGUCCGUGGCUGAGUCCGUCAAGGAUGAGCCCGCUGCCGACAAGUCUAAGGAGCCGUCUCGCCGGGAAUCGGUUGCGGAGGGCGUCAAGCCAGAGGCUUCUCCAAUUGCAUCCAAGGAUGCAUCUCGUCCCGAAUCUGUGGCUGAAAGUGUUAAGGAUUCAGCUGCCCAGUCAAAGGAGGCAUCUCGUCCCGCAUCAGUGGCCGAAAGCAUCAAGGCAGAGAGCACAAAGGAUGAAGCUGACAAGUCCAAGGAAGCUUCCCGACGAGAAUCAGUGGCCGAAAGUGUAAAGGAGGAGAGUGAUAAGGAUGCCAAGUCCGCACUGGCCUCCAAAGAAGCAUCCCGACCAGAAUCCGUAGCAGAAAGUGUCCAGGCCGAGGCAGACAAGUCCAAGGAAGCAUCUCGCCGAGAGUCGGUGGCUGAGAGCGCCAAGGCGGAGAGCACUAAGGAGGAGAAGUCUGCACCAGCAUCGAAGGAAGCCUCCAGGCCAGGAUCCGUGGUUGAGAGCGUCAAGGACGAGACCGAGAAGGCAGAAAGUCGUCGAGAGUCUGUGGCAGAGAGCGUGAAACCAGACAGCGUCAAGGACGAAAAGUCUCCACUGGCAUCCAAGGAAGCCUCACGACCAGAGUCCGUGGCCGAGAGCGUAAAGGAUGAAGCUGAGAAAUCCAAGGAGCCUUCCCGGCGGGAAUCCAUUGCCGAAAGUGUGAAGGCGGAAAGUACAAAGGACGAGAAGUCGCCCGUAGCAUCCAAGGAGGCUUCCCGCCCGGAAUCCGUAGCUGGAAGCGUGAAAGAUGAAGCAGAAAAGUCCAAGGAGCCCUCUGGUUCAGCCUCCGCAGCGGAAACUUCCCGACGCGAGUCUGUGGCCGAGAGCACAAAGUCGCCCGUUCCAUCGCGUCCCGAAUCCGUGGCUGAGAAACUGUCGCCAGCUGUGGCCUCCAAGGAAUCAUCUCGACCCGGCUCGGUGGCCGAGACCGCUUCCUCUCCGAUCGAAGAAGGUCCUCGCUCUAUCGCAGACCUAAGUCUGCCCCUGAGUCAGAUAACCUCCGAGGCCAAGGGCAAGCUCCCUACCAUCUCGAGUCCCGUGGAUGUGGCAGAGGGAGACUUCUCCAAGACACAGGUUGAGUCCUCGGCCGCACAGUCUGCAAAGUCCGCUCCUGCCAAGCCAGCGGAACAGGCCCAAGCCGAUGCAGCGCACACAGCUUCCAGUCCCGUGGACGAGGCCUCACCUGUCCUGGAGGCCAGCGAAGUGGCUGGGGAAGUGGCCGAUCUGCUGGGUCUUGAGGAGACCAAGUCAGAGGCCAAGCAGGAGUCCAAGUCGGAAACCAAGUCGGAGACCAAACAGUCCGAGAAAUCGAUAUUCGAGACCAUAUCCUCCAAGGUGGAGGAGAAAGUGGAGAAGCUGGAGAGCUCUGUAAAGCAGGUGGAAGAGAAGGUCGAGAGCUCCGUGAAGAAGGUGGAGAGCACCGUGGCCGAGACCCUGGAGCAGGUGAGCAGGGAGAGCAGCGAGCAGAUCACAGAGCUGCAGUCCGCUCUGGACACCAAGAUCAGCAGCGUGACCAGCCUGUUCACCACCGCCGUGGACUGUGCCGAGAAGAAGGUGCAGGAGGUGACCGAGAAGAUAACCGGAAAGACCGAGACCACGGAGACAAGCGAGACAAGCGAGAAGACGACCACGGAACAGGUAACCAAGGUGAGCGAGAGCUCCUCCUCCACAUCCGCCUCAACCACAGAGACCAGCCUGGAGCUGGGCACCUUUUCGGAGCUGCGCGAGACCCACAUCACCACUGUUGGCUCGCCCGAGUUCACUGUCACUAUUUGCGAGCGGGAUGAGCCCGUCCUCCAUGACAUCAAGGAGGAGGACGACGAGGAGCAUCGUUUCUCUCCGCCCAGCGACAAGCCCGGCUCGAUGAUUCCUUCACAGCCCAUCCGACCCCUGUCGCCGCGCGAGGAGGAGGUGGCCAAGAUAGUGGCCGAUGUGGCCAAGGUACUAAAGUCCGACAAAGACAUCACCGAUAUCAUACCCGACUUUGACGAACGCCAGCUGGAGGAGAAGCUGAAGACCACCGAAGCUGAAGAGCACCUGGAGAUUGGCAUCAUGAAGGUGGAGAUCGAGUCGGAGAAGUCCUCACCGGACCAAAAAUCCGGCCCCAUUUCGAUCGAGGAGAAGGACAAGAUCGAGCAGUCGGAGAAGGCUCAGUUGCAACAGGAAUUGGGCUUGGCAUCCGUGUCCAUCUCCCACAAGGAGGAGCAGGAGAAGAGUGAGAAGCUGGAGAAGCUGGAGAAGGAGGAGAAGCUGGAAAAGGCAUCGCGUCCCGAAUCUUCAGCCAGCCAGGCUAGCGACAAGGAUACAUCCAAGACAUCCCAGGCAGCCGCCGAAGAGACCAUGGAUUCCCUAGAGUCGUUGCUCCGCUCAACAACCUCCACCACCACAACCACCACCACGGAGACCUCGGAGUCCAAGAAGCUGGAGGAAAAAUCCAAGUCCAGUGUGGAGUCUGUGUCCAGCACGGUAACCAAAUCGUCGGUCCUUCAGCUGCGCAGCGAGGAGUCCACCACCAGCGACUCCCUGAGCAGCAGCCUCAAGGUGGAGGACAGCUCCCGCCGGGAGUCGCUCUCCAGCCUGCUGACCGAGAAGGGAGGCAUCAAGGAGGACACCACUACCAGCACAUCCGUCUCCCAGCUGGAGGAGCUCCUAGUGCAGUCCGAGGAGUGCUCCUCCGAGUCCAUUGUCAGCGAGAUCCAGACCAGCACCGCCGCCGGUGCAGUCGCCCAGAAGACAGCCAAGGAGACGCGAGAGGUACUCAGCGAGGCCAAGGAGACAAGCACCAGCAGUUCCAUUCGGGAUGAGAACCUGAAGGAGACCGUGGCCGAGUUCCUGGCCACCGAGAAGAUAGUCUCCGCCAAGGAGACCUUCAGCGCCGAGGCCACCAAGACGGCCGAGGAGUGCCUGAAGAAGGCCAGCGCCAGCAGCGCCUCCAGCAGUGUCACUGCCUCCCAGCGGGCGCUCUUUGUGGGCACGGAUGAGUCCCGCCGCGAAUCCCUGCUGAGCCAUGCCAGCGAGGGCCGCCUCACCCACAGCGAUCCCGAGGACGAGGAGCCCGACGAGGAUGAUGAGGAUGAGCGGACCAGCGUCAAGGAGAGCCGGUCAAAGUCCAUAGCCACCAUCAUGAUGACCAGCAUCUACAAGCCGGCGGGAGAGGAGAUUGAGGAUAUCCAGGAGGAGCACGAGCACGAGCAGGAGCAGGCGCAGGAGCAGAAGACAACCGAGAAGACGCUGCUGCAGUCCAGCGAACAGAUCAUCAGCACUAGCAGCAGCACCUCCAAGAAGGAGGAGGAAUCCUCCUCCUCAACCUCCUCUUCCUCCAAGAAGGUGGAGUCCAUCACACUCACACAAAUGGUAGAACAGUCUGGCCAGGAUCAGGCCGAGGCAGCUGACCGCAAGACACCGCCCACGGCGCCAGUCAGUCCCAGCGUCAAGCCCAUGUCCGCAACGGCAGCGGGAGCAGCACCAACCGGAGCUGGAGCUGGAACUGGAGGAGCUGCAGCUGCAACCGGAACAGGAACAAAAUGCGAGUCGAGUGCUGCCAGCAUUGUCUCCUCCUCGUGCCCCUCGGGCCCUCUGUCGCCGAAGGACAUUAGCGGCAAGUCCAGUCCCGGGGCCCUCACCUCGGAGAGCCAGUCCAUACCGACGCCCCUGGGAAGGGAAUCGCACACCGAGACACCAGAGUCCUCGCCCAAGCCGACAUCACCCUUCCCGCGCGUCACCAAGGACGAGCUCAAGUCUCUGGAGCUGCAGCAGGAGCAGAUCCUAGCAGGAGCAGGAGCUGUACCGGAAGCCGAGGUCGAUCUGCCCGAGCUCCAUGAGCUGCGCGGCAUCGAGAGCACCACCGCUCUGAGCGGCAGCACGGAGAAGAUCAUCACCACGACCAUUACCACGGUGACCAAGGUUAUAUCCGCCGACGGCAAGGAGAUCGUCACCGAGCAGAAGACGGUCACAACCACGGACAGCUCGGAGCCCGACAGUGAGAAGGUGACCAUGGUGACCACCACGCGCACCACCAGCGAGAGCGAGCGUGACCAGCAGCAGCAGCAGCAGCAGCAGCAGCAGCUGCUCCCCAAGGAGGUGACCCUACUGCGCGGCAGCCUCUACCGCUCCAGUACCCCGGGCAGCGAGGAUGAGGAUGAUCUUCUCAUGCCUGGCUCCCCACGCAGCGCCACCAGCUACGAGCUCCAGCACUCGAGCUCCGGGGUGAGCAAGCGCUCCGAUCUGGAUGCCGAUGACGGGGAUGAGAGCCAGGAUGACAUUCCGCCGCAAUACGGCAGCGAGGAGCACUCGACGGCGCGCUCGAUCAUGAUGCUGCCACGCACGGCCGAUCCCAUGGCCACCUCCUUCUACGGCGCCCUGCCCCAGGACGAUGGCUUCACGGCCGCUCCACUGGGCACCACAGAGCCCAUUCCAGUGCCGAGCCAGGGUGGCGGCGGCAACGACAGCCAGUCAUCGGAGAGCGUGGAGAGCAGCAGCCAACAAACCUGGGCCGGACACAAGUUCCUCGACCAGGCGGACAAGGACUUCCAGCGGGCCCUCGAGGAGCAUGUGCAGGCGCGCGGCGCCGAGGUCAUGUCUUCCGUCACCGCCAAAUACUCGUACUCGCCCUCCAAGGCCGACGAGGUGGAGCAGCAGAUGGUCAGCGGCUCCGCAGAGCGUCAGCGCUUCCCCCUAAGCGAUGUCCAGCGAAUGCGGGUGGCCGAGACGGGUUUCGGCACAGUGGGACAGCAGCAGCAGCAGCAGCAGCCAGGACAGGAGAAGCAAGAGGAAACUCCAGUCACAGUCACAGCCAUAACCACAGCCACAACCACAGCCACAGCCACAGCCACAGCCACAGCAACAGCCACAACGAGCUCCUCCUCCACUGGCGCCCUGCCCAAGGAUCGUCUGGAGGAGUGGGGCAAACCCCUGGGUCUGCCCUCGCCCGCACCCCUGCCCGUUGAGGGCGGCUCAUCCGAUAUCCGGACCACGCCCAAGAAGGAGCGCCGCAUGGUGGCCACCAAGACGCGUCUGAAUAACGAGAAGAAUCUGCGCAAGCGCAGCGAGUCGCCCAACAAGGCGAAUGUAAAGAAGCCGGCGCCCGUCUACGUGGAUCUCACCUAUGUCCCGCACAACGGCAACUCCUACUACGCCCACGUGGACUUCUUCAAGCGGGUGCGUGCCCGCUACUACGUCUUCUCCGGCACGGAGCCCAGUCGCCAGGUGUACGAUGCUCUGCUCGAGGCCAAGCAGACAUGGGAGGACAAGGAGUUGGAGGUCACCAUAAUACCCACAUACGAUACGGAUGUGCUGGGCUAUUGGGUGGCCGAAAACGAGGAGCUGCUAGCCAAGCACCGCAUCGACCUCUCGCCCUCCGCCUCGCGCUGCACCAUCAAUCUGCAGGAUCAUGAGACCUCCUGCUCAGCCUAUCGCCUGGAGUUCUAGGCCACGACACCGGGCCUCUUCAUAGCCUUCGACGAUACCUGAGGAGGGGAGCCAACCGAGAACCAACACCAUGCACCCAACCACGACUAGGAACGAGGAGAGUAACGAGAGCGAAGAGCUCUGCCAGAGACUGGAGUCCCUGUAAAACUUGUAAAGUGAUGGGACUCGAGAGCUCUGGCAGACAGCAACAGCAAUGGGGAGCAGGAGCAAGGAGCAAGGAGCAAGGAGCAGG